CUCUAGUUGAUGAUAGUGCAUUAAACGACUAGUCUUCAUUUUUCAGGGCGCGUGCUUCACGCGCCAAGGUAUCACGCUGUCGUGCUGAUGGCUUCUACAUUCUAUGGACAUGGGAGACAACUCCUCUCAGGCAAAAAAUGGACAUUCGUCAGAAAAAGAACGCAGGAUCCGAGCAAAUGACCGCUUAUAUAACCGGCAGUUCAACUAUGCCAACAACUUCAUCAGAACGGCAAAAUAUUCGCUAGCCACUUUUCUACCUCUGAAUUUGUUCGAGCAGUUCCAGCGCCUAGCCAACUUCUACUUUCUCUGCCUGAUGAUUCUGCAAAUGAUUAAUAUAAUUUCGUCGCUGACGCCUGUCACCACGGCUGUCCCACUUAUCGGCGUUCUGUGUCUGACGGCCAUCAAGGACGCCUAUGAUGAUUAUCAACGUCACAAGAGCGACCGCCAAGUGAACAACAGGCGCUCGCAGAUGGUCCAAGAUGGCCGCUUAAUUGAAGAGCGCUGGUCACGUGUGCAGGUUGGUGACGUCAUCCGCAUGGAGAACAACCAUUUUGUGGCCGCUGAUGUCCUGCUCCUCUCCACCUCCGAGCCCAACGGUCUCUGUUUCAUUGAGACUGCUGAGCUUGAUGGGGAAACUAACCUGAAAUGUCGUCAAUGCCUGCCAGAAACAGCUGACAUGGGACAAGAUGACGGCCAACUGAGCACUUUCGAUGGAGAAGUCGUUUGCGAGACUCCCAACAACAUACUCAACAAGUUCCAGGGAUCACUCACAUGGAAAGGAAAGAGAUAUCCAUUAGACAACGAUCUAAUAGUAUUGCGAGGAUGUAUCCUACGUAAUACCGAGUGGUGCUACGGAGUCGUCAUAUUUGCUGGAAAAGACACCAAACUCAUGCAGAACUCUGGAAAAACAAAGUUCAAACGAACCAGUAUUGAUCGCCUGCUCAAUUUCAUCAUCGUCGGGAUAGUGUUAUUUCUGGUGGCGAUCUGCGUGUUUUGCAUGGCGGCGUGCAGUUUGUGGGAGUUGGAGUUUGGCGACCGGUUCCAGUUCUAUCUGCCCUGGGACAACAUCAUCCCCAACGAGCCUCCACAGCUUGGAGCGUCCAUCAUCGGUCUGCUUGUCUUCUUCAGCUAUGCAAUCGUGCUCAACACAGUUGUACCUAUUUCACUCUAUGUCAGUGUGGAGGUAAUUCGAUUUGUUCAGAGCUUUCUAAUCAACUGGGACUCGAAGAUGUACUGCGAGAGGCGUCACAUGGCGGCCAAAGCACGAACUACCACGCUGAACGAGGAGCUUGGCCAAAUACAGUACAUCUUCUCGGAUAAGACCGGCACACUGACACGCAACAUUAUGGCCUUCAACCGCUGUUCGAUUGCCGGCGUCUGUUAUGGCGAGCUGAUCAACCCCAUCACAGGCCAAGUUAUCGAUGUUGAUGAGGGCACAGAGAGAGUAGACUUCUCCUCGAACCCAAAUUAUGAGGCGGAUUUCCGGUUCUAUGACAAAACGCUGCUGGAGGCAGUUGGCAACAAUGAUCAAACUGUUCACACAUUCUUCACCCUGCUGGCCGUCUGUCACACAGUUAUGGCUGAGGAACGUGACGGGAAACUUGAGUAUCAAGCACAAUCUCCAGAUGAAGCAGCUCUUGUUUCUGCAGCAAGAAAUUUUGGUUUCGUAUUCAAAGAAAGAACACCUUACAGUAUUACAAUUGAGUUGCUUGGAAAGCGUGUGGAGUACGAGCUGCUCUGCAUCCUGGACUUCAACAACACUCGAAAGCGUAUGUCAGUUAUAGUGCGUGAUAACAGUCACCCCGAUCCCAGCCAGCGGCUUAAGGUCUACUGCAAGGGCGCUGAUUCGGUCGUCUACGAACGGCUCAAGUCAGGAGACAAACUUCUCAGAGAUAAAACUCAGGAGCAUUUGAAUAAGUUUGCCGGUGAGGGCCUACGAACCCUGUGCUUGGCUGUGAGGGACUUGGAUGAAGAGUUCUUCAGCCAAUGGAAGGAGAGGCACCACGAAGCCGUGCUGUCUUUAGGCAAUCGUGAAGAGCUGCUUGACAAAAUCUAUGAAGAAAUAGAGACUGAUAUGACAUUAAUUGGUGCAACUGCAAUAGAAGAUAAACUGCAGGACGGUGUACAACGAACAAUAGCUAACCUUUCAUUGGCCCAAAUAAGGAUUUGGGUUCUGACCGGGGACAAACAAGAGACCGCAGUGAACAUCGGCUACUCGUGUCAAUUGCUCAAUGACGACAUGGAGCUGUUUAUAGUGGAUGGCAACACGAUGGAAGAGGUGACACAACAGCUGACGCAGCUCAGGCAGGUGAUGGAGAAAACAGCUGAUAAUGCGAAAACAGCUGCUUCUUAUCACAUGACAAAAGUCAGCAACAAUGUGGCGCAGUUCAAGGUUCAAAACAGUAUACCAGCUGUCAGUAUUCUAACUUUCAGUGAAUCGGACUACAAUAAGGAGCAUGUGAGUAUUGCCACGGAGUAUGCUCUGGUCGUAAACGGCCACUCACUAGUGCAUGCUUUGACUCCGCGCCUCGAAAAUCUAUUUGUUGAAGUCAGCACUUUAUGUAAAUCAGUGAUCUGUUGCCGAGUGACUCCGCUCCAGAAGGCCAUGGUUGUCGAAAUAAUCAAAAGGCACAGGCAAGUUGUGACAUUGGCCAUUGGAGACGGCGCCAACGAUGUUUCAAUGAUUAAAGCGGCCCACAUUGGUGUUGGAAUCAGUGGUCAGGAGGGAAAUCAGGCGAUGCUCGCGUCCGACUUCAGCAUAGCACAGUUCAGAUUUUUGGAGCGACUUCUGCUGGUGCACGGACGCUGGUCCUACUACCGAAUGUGCAAAUUCCUCAGAUACUUCUUCUACAAGAACUUUGCCUUCACAAUUUGCCAUUUCUGGUUCGCCUUUUUCUGUGGAUUCAGUGCUCAGACAGUGUUCGACCCGUUCUUCAUAGCGAUCUACAAUCUGUUCUACACGUCGCUGCCUGUUCUGGCGAUUGGCAUCUUCGACCAAGAUGUCAGCGAGGAGAGCUCUCUCAUGUAUCCGCUGCUCUACACUCCGGGCCAUACCAACCUCUUCUUCAACAAGGCUGAGUUCUUGAGAAGCGCACUGCACGGCUUCUUUGCGUCUCUAAUUGUCUUCAUAGUACCAUACGGCACAUACAAAGAUGGCCUGGCACCAAAUGGGAUCAUUCUGUCAGACAUUUACCUGCUAGGCAGUGCUGUAGCAACCAUAUUGGUCAUAGUGGUCACUGUCCAGGUGAUGCUUGACACAUCUUAUUGGACAAUAUUCAACCACCUAACAAUAUGGUUCUCGUUAGCCUCUUAUUUCUUACUGGAUUAUGGCUAUAACUAUAUUGUGGGCGGACCUUACUUAGGUGCUCUGACUAAGGCGAUCGAUGAACCAUCAUUUUGGCUGAUGACUGCAUUAUCAACUGUCAUUCUGAUAGUUCCAAUCGUAGCCUGGAGGUUCUAUUUCCUGGAUGUAUUUCCAACACUAUCUGAUCGGAUAAGACUGAAGGAACGUCUCAUCGAAAACAGUAGAUCGUCGCAAAUACGGCGUUCACCGUCGGCCACAAGACGACCGCGUCGCUCGGUGCGCAGUGGCUAUGCGUUUGCGCACCAGGAGGGAUUCGGCCGACUCAUCACCUCGGGCAAGAUCAUGCGCAAAGCACCUCCACGCUCUGACACCGAUUUUCUCGGCUUCCAUCCGUCGCCUGGCCCCCCCAAGCGUGCAACUCUCUGACCGAGGCAGGUGAUCAACCGCACAAGAGAGUCGCUCCCUCCAGUGAUAUCACAAUACAUGCCUUAAAAAGGAGAGAACUUUCUUAAUCAAUCUUACUCGCUCAACAAUUUCUACCAAAGAUUUUCUACAAUUCCUAUCUCCUGCAAGUGACUCUGAACUGUUAAUUUUCAUAAUGAUGUUUAUCCACAUAUUAUACAUGUAUGCAGGUCCUUGGACCUAUGGACCAAAUAAUUGGGCUGACUAUACAAGUAUAGUCUUCCGCAUAACAUUAGACCGUUCUUUAACAAGUGAAACUGCAAAAUCGACAGAAAUUCUGUCUGUACAGAUUGGGCCUUCAAAUUCUAUGGCCACCUAGUCUAUUGGCUGAAUGUCUGAUGUGCAAGUCUAAAGCUGCGUUGACACCGAAGUUAAUAACACGAGUUAUUAACAAAAAGUUUUCAACUUGACUGA